AUGAUUGAAAGACAUGUUCAACCUAAAAAGUCAACUAGCCGUCCGUCUACUGGAGAUGAUCCCAUACGUCUUAAUGCACAUCAUUUUUCAUCUCCAGUUCUACCAACAGCAACAGGAAAAAGUUUUGGUAAAGGUUCAAAAGUUGGUGUAUCAGCCUGUACAUAUAAAAGAAACAUUUACAAAACAAUGCUGAUCGGAAUGCCAUGGUUCUGUGAUAGUUGUGGUCGACAAAAUGGUGUUACACGGUACCAAUGCCAACAUUGUCGAGGAAACAAUACGUAUGAUUUAUGCGAUCAGUGUAUAGUGAACGCGCCUAUAACACAUCCAUAUCACGCAUUUAAAUUGGUGCAAGGUGGAGGAAAUGGUAUCCCAUCGACUAAUGUUGCAGUAACUUAUCCACAUAUGAAUUGGUCGAACUUACCCUACUAUCAGUCUGCACAUACAGCUUUGGGCUAA